CAGAGCUCACACUGAAGAUGAUCACACUGAUGUGGAUCACAGUGAUGCUUUUUAAUCAAACUGAUUCUGCACUGAUAAAUGAUCUCAAUCAGCCGAACCCAGUGAUCGCUGCUGGUGUUGGUGAGAACGUGAUUCUGCACUGCUUUCAAAAGCGAGAGGAUAACUCUAGAACCAUCGCUUGGUUCAAGCAAAAAGUCGGAGAGGUGCCUCAGGUAUUGGUGACAUUUCAACAUGACCUCAAAUACAAAGAUGAGUUCAAGCCACCAAAAUUCAACAUCGAGAAAGAAAAUGAAACGGGCUUUCAUUUGAAAAUUGUUAAUGUGGAACCAUCAGAUGAAGCCUUGUAUUACUGUGGACUUUUUUAUUAUUGUGGACUUUUAUCAACGUUUGGAAAAGGAACCUUUUUAUCAGUGAAAGGUGAUGGAGAUGUAAAAGUGUCAGUGACCCAGAAUGGCGUGUUGAACUCGGUUCCUGCAGGAGCGUCAGUGACUCUGCAGUGCUCGGUUCUCUCUGAGAGCAGAGCAGCAGAACACCAAGUGCUCUGGUUCAGAGCUGCUCCACCACAAUCCCAUCCUCAAAUCAUUUACACUCAUCACAGCAGCAGCCGUCAGUGUGAGAGCGGCUCUUCUACACACACCUGUGUGUACGACUUCUCCAAGAACAUCCUCAGCAUCACUGAUACUGGAACUUACUACUGCGCUGUGGCCGUGUGUGGGAAGAUCAUUUUUGGGAACGGGACUCGAGUACAGUUGGAGAGAUCUGUCGUGGAUCCUGUAGUGAUCUGUCUCGCUGGAGCUUUGGGAGUGUGUGUGGUUGUGAUCUUUGCUUUGAUCUUUAUCAUAACCUAUAAAGGAAGAAACAGAGUGAAGCUCAAACAAAGUUCUGUGAUGGACAAAACCCCGAAUCAGGACUGUGACACUGUGGAGCUGAAUUACGCUGCUUUACAUUUCAGUGAGAGGAGAGCCAAAAGAGGAAGAGUAAAGAAACAACAACCUCAGGAUAUUAUAUAUUCUGAUGUACAACGUCCUUCUAAGACUUAGAGUUUAAUGAUGAAAAGCCGCAGUAUGGAAGGAAUAAAACAACCUGAGUGUGUCUCACUGGAGUUGAUUAUAUUUCUAUAACAGCACAUCCUGAAGUGUUUUAUUUCUGAUUUACUGCAGCAAUUUCAAAUGAUUACAGUUUUGUUUUGUUUUCAUUGUUACUGUUGCAUCCUUUCAUCAUUUUGUACUUUAACCAUCAAAAGCCAGGACAUUUCUGGUCACAUGACUAAAAAAUUGAAGCAAUAUACAGGAGCUGUUAGAGAAAUGCCUAACAUCUCAUUGUUGUUGUUGUUGUUGUUGUUGUUUUGCUGACAAUUUUGAUUCACUGACUUUAACCGAGUAACACUGAAAGUAACAGAGUUGAACAUGGAAUUAGAAAAUACACAAAAAAAAUGUUU